AUGGAUUGCUUUUAUUGCCAAGUGGAAGAAAAGUUAAACCCUGACUUAAAAGGAAAACCCAUUGCCGUUGUUCAGUAUAAUCCAUGGAAAGGUGGCGGGAUUAUUGCAGUGAACUAUGUUGCAAGAGCUAUGGGCGUUACUAGACACAUGAGAGGGGAUGAAGCUAAGGAGAAAUGUCCUGAGAUCCAGUUACCAUCAGUACCAUGUGUAAGAGGAAAAGCAGACAUUACAAAGUAUCGCGAUGCUGGCAAAGACGUAGCGAAAGUCCUGCAAAGGUUUACACCACUAUUAGAAAGAGCUUCUAUUGAUGAAGCAUACUUGGACAUAACAAUACCUGUGCAACAGAAACUAAACAACCUAAACGUGAACACAGUAACAAAGGACACAUUACCCAAUACAUUUGCGCUGGGUUAUAACAGUAUAGAAGAGUUUUUGCAAGACAUCCAAAACGGCGGCAGCGACAGCAUAGAGUUUGACUUAGAGCACGCGAAACAGCUGCUCGUUGGGGCGGUCAUCGUCAGCGAGAUCAGAGCCGCCGUUUUCAACGAAACCGGCUACCAGUGCUCCGCCGGGGUGGCGCACAACAAAAUCCUGGCGAAGCUCGUUUGCGGCAUGAACAAGCCGAACAAGCAGACUCUCCUGCCCAAGCACUGCGUCGACAUGCUGUAUCAAACGCUGCCCGUCAAGAAAGUGAAGCAUCUGGGUGGGAAGUUCGGCGACAACGUGUGCGAAUCUCUCAGGAUAGCCAAGAUGGGUGAGCUGCAGCGGUUUACCGAGAAGGAGCUGCAGGCCAAGUUCGACGAGAAGAACGGGACGUGGCUGUACAACAUAGCGCGCGGCGUGGACCUGGAGCCGGUUCAGGCGCGCUUCAAGCCGAAGAGCAUCGGCUGCUGCAAGCAGUUCCGCGGCAGGUCGGCGCUCUGCGACCUGGACGGCCUGCGCAAGUGGCUGGGCGACUUGGGGAAAGAGAUAGAAGAGCGGCUAGAGGGAGACGCGGCGGAGGGCGAGCGCGUUCCACGCCAGAUGGUGGUGAGCUUCGCGCAGCAGGUCAGCGGCCGCGACGUUGCCAGCUCGCGCUCCUACAACUUUUCGCUGGAAGACCGCCUUGUCGCCGAGCUGUUCUCGCGGAAGGCGCUGGAGUUGGUGCUGGACGGCGCUGAAGGCGCGAAGCCGAAGGAAGGGGAGCCUAACAGGCAGCUUAAAGCUCCCAUCAAAUUCCUGGGUAUUAGCGUUGGAAAGUUCGAAGAACUCUCGGAUAAUAAGAGCACAAAGAAAAUCAAGGAUUACUUCUCAUGUGCCGCUUCAACGAAGGUGGAUCCAAGUGAAAAUGUUCAAGAAAAAGCAAAGAAGAAUAUUCUGGAGGAUAAAAAUGUUAAUACGGACGAGGGCAAAGCUCACGUGUUUCGGAAAUUCUUUCAAAACGAAAGCGCAUCUGAUAAAAUAGAUACAAGCAAAGCGAUAGAUCAAACGGAAACGAAAAAGAACGAUGAAAAUGUAUUAGAAUCGAGCGUCAAAAAACGGAGCGACGAGAACGUCCUUGAAUCACCCUUGGAAAAACAGGAGUCUUUCUUCGCGAGGUUUCUCAAAAAUGAGAAUGGCAAAACCGCUUCGGAAGAAGUGGUUGACGCUGAGAAAUCGGUAGAAGUUAGUCGUCCACCAACAACUGCAUGCAUUAUUGACUCCAAUUGUGGUGAAGCCAGCAACGACAGCGCGAACUCUGGCUCGACUAUUGAGAUGGAAAUAAAUAAAAGCAUUUCCCUUUUCGACGAGGAUCAAGCUGACAUAGAACGCGUCAGCGGUAUGCGACAGCUGCUCAAUAAAUCGAAACUCAUCGAGGAAACGUGCGAUGAGACGGAGCGAAUCAGAUUAAAGCAACCGCGCGUAUUAACCAAUCCGAGCAUCAAACACAACCCGCGGGCGGAAAUAGAAACGUUCAAAUGCUCAGAAUGCGGUAAGGCAGUCGAAAUGAGUCAAAUCGACACUCACGCAGACUACCACCUCGCCUUAAAACUGAGAGAGGAGGAGAGGGAGAUAAGACGGAGGGAGACAGCAAACAAGGGGAAGGAGAAAGAGAAUCAACGCAAAUCUGAGCUGGUUAAGGUGAAACCCGCUCAGGAGGAGCCAUUGGGUAAAAGCGAAGCUAUACCGUCUAUAUCCAAUUAUUUUAUGAAGAUAGACGAGUCUGUACCAACAGAGACAUGCUCCGAAUGUGGGAAGAGAAUACCCCUAGCGAAAUUCACGGAACAUUUGGACUUUCACGAAGCUCAGAAACUGAGCAGGGAGUUGAAUAACAAGUCUGUUCAAAAUAAUUACUCGGCUACUAGUGUGAAGAGAAAAAGGAAGUCAGCUUCUCCUGUAAAGAAGCCAAAGGUGCCGUGUAAAUCUAUAGAUCUUUUCUUUAGG